GACACGGAAGUUCCGUUAUGUGUCAAAGGUUCUGUAAAGCGUUUGUUGUUGUGUGGUGGUAACUUGUAGUAAGGAUGAGCUGUUUUUGUUCCUAAUUAGAGAUGACAUUUACAUUACAACAAAAAAUAUUUAAAGAGCUCAGUUUGAGUCGGGGGGUCUGACAGUGUAGCUGUGCCAAAAGCUGUAAUUCAGCGCUGACUUAACGUAGCUGCAACGACAGUAAAGUUAGCCUCCUGUACUUCUCUUUCCUUUAGCUAAACCUCCACCUCCAGUCCAGCUAGCUAACUAAACACCGGACGGUUAGUCGAGAAAGGACCUUCCUGUUUUUGCCAGGAUGCUCUUCAGUCUCCUGUUGUGCAUCCUGUUACUGGGUGUGACGGGGCAGCAGGUGGACGAGGACUGGGUCGACCCCUAUGAUAUGCUCAACUACGAUGCAAGCACCAAAACGAUGAGGAAGCCCACUGAGCCAGUAAACUACAACAACGUGGCAACCAAAAGAAGAGAGUCCACUCAGGACUCCAGCCUGGCCGAGCUAGCUUCGUGUAAAGGUCAGGUAGUGGAUCUGCAGAGACAGAUUGAAGAACAAAAGAAGAAGAUCACACUCAUCUCACAGCAGCCUACAUGCCAUCCAGUGUUCAGGAGAUUCCUCAGCAGGCUCCUGAAGGAAAUACAAAAACUUGGGUUGCCCACUGACUCCUCAGACGUGUUCUACGAUGCUAAAAUCAGACUGUCCAAACAAGCCAUGGCAGAGAUUCAGACACUUCUGGAGGGCGAAGACAGCUGGAGAACAGGGGCUCUGGACAAUGCCAUCAGUCAGAUACUGGUGGAUCUUAAACCACAUGACUACGAGGCCUGGAAGUGGCAUUUUGAAGACACUUUUGGCGUGGAGCUUGACACACUGUUAAAAAUGGGGCUGUUUGUUCUGGUCAUAGUGGCCAUCAUCUGCACUCAGCUGUGGACAACUGUCUCCUGGUUCAUGCAGUUCAGUAGACUGUUUGCUGUCUGCUUCUUCGUCAGUAUUGUCUGGAACUGGUUUUAUCUGUACAAGAUUGCCUUUGCUGAGCACCAAAAAAACAUAGUGCAGAUGGACAGCGUCAAUGAAAAGUGCACUGGAGUGAAGAAAAUUGACUGGAGUGAUAGUCUGAAAGAGUGGUUCCGAAGCACCUGGACUCUUCAGGAUGACCCUUGUAAGAGAUACUAUGAAGUUCUCAUGGUCAAUCCCAUUCUGCUGGUACCUCCAACCAAGGCAAUAUCAGUUACCAUCACAACCUUUAUCACGGAGCCACUGAAGCACUUUGGCCAGGGGAUCAGUGAAUUUCUUCGCGCCCUCCUCAAAGAUCUACCAGUUACCCUGCAGAUCCCAGUUCUGCUCACAAUUGUGCUCUCCAUUUUGGUAUUCAUGUACGGCAGUGUGCAGGCAGCCUUCCAGCAUGGCAUCACUGCACCUCUACGUCGCCCUCGAAGGGAUCCACCUCCUCCACUGGUGGACGAGCCGCAGCCUCGCCAGAGGAUCGAGGGCCGUGACCACUUAGCAGGGGGCGAUGCACCACAGCAAGCCCCAAGACACCGAGCCGAUGAUGUCAGGUUGCAGAGGAAUCAGGUUCGUCAGAGGCAACCCAACAGGCCCAGGGAAAAACAAACCCCUGUGGAUGUGGAGACACUGAACCCUUCCUUCAGAGGGGAUGAGAUAGAUGCCCGGCGGCGUGAAGGAGGACCCGAUCCAGACAAGAAUCUCUCUGCUGACUCAGAUCCAGAAAGUCAGCAGGAGGCACAAGAGGAGCCAGAGGGAGCGAGUGCUAGCAGUGCUUCUGCUGCUAACAGAGCCCAAACAAAAACUAAAGCCACUCGGUCAGAUUCAUCUAAAUCAGAGGCUAAACCUUCAUCUCAGCCAGCGGGACGGCAGCCUUCACACACUGAUGUUCAGGACCUGGAAGCCCCAGCUGAAAAAGGGACCUCUACCGUCACAGAUGUUGAACCUGUUGGAGUCUCCAUCCAGGAGACGUCUCCAGCACAAGCAGAGUAGACUGCUUGUUCUUUUAGAGCAAUUUGGGCCCCAGACUUCAAUGAAGGAGCCCUUAAACAGAUUUGCUCUUUCAUCGGUCAAAGCAGCAAGAUUAGCGUCAUCAGUGUUUGGUGGCAGAUGUUGCUGAAAUGUGCAUCAGUAACAUUUUAAAGGCAGCCUAAUGUGGAACCAGCCCCAGUGUUGCCAACUAAGUCUUGCUGCUGCGCGGUUACCCAAUACUGUUGAUGAAUCUGCUCACUGUUUCAUGAUGGUUCCGGCUGAGCUUUGUUUCCUCAGAGAAGUAGAGAGCAGAGCCUUCAGUCAGACUAAAAGCAAUAUCAGGGAAACAAAAAACUGAUGCAGUGUUUUUAAAAACGGUACUGAUUGAUCUGAUGUUUUGUUGUGUCUUAUCCAUGGGCAGGAAUCACAGUCUUAUGAACAAUUAACAAUUAAUGACUUUUUUCAAUUUACAACAACAACAAUAAGCUUUUUUUGUGCUCAUUGAUUGAUUGUCUAUAGGAAGCUUGAGAUACUGAUGCUGAGCAGCAGUGAUACCUCCUUUAAUUUUCUAUGAGAAAGGACAAACUGCUUAUAUAAAGCAUAACAGGAUUUAUAAGUCAGUUUGAUCAUCACAGAAUCAUUGAGUUAUACAUUAGUAUUUAGUAAGUCAUAAUGUCUACUGUUGUUUUACACGGUUUUCCAAUUUGGUUGCAAACCAUUAUUCAGUUUAUUCGAAGUGCCAAGGGGAAUAAUAUAUAACACUACAACCAUGACCUCUGGAAGUAAGUUAUGUAAAGGAUUAAGAGAUGGCAUCCACCUGUUAUCAGGGAGAACAGUCUGUAAACCAUGAAAGGCUCAGAAUGUAUUCUAUUUGUUUUUUUGCAGUAUAAAAUCAUUUUGAAAGACAAAUGGCUUUGUGUGUUGGAGUCCUGCUGUUCUCACAAACUAAUGAGCAUCCAAAAUUAUCUAGAACAUAUGUUUUGAUGUCUAAUCAUAUGUUUAACAGCUGCAACCUGAAGUACAGUAUGUGUAGUAUAUAUCUCCUUCCAAAUUUAAACCUAAGCAGACUGUCAAUAAUGUCUUUCUCAGUUUAUAUUUGUGCUACACUUCACAGCCACCUGAGUGCACACAAAGACAAAGAGUCAGCUCGGAGUGUUGGUGCAGUGUCAAGCAUGGAAACUGAAUGAGAGGGGGAAAGGACAUCAUGUAGCCAGAACAGAACAGAAAUUAAAAUAAAAUACUUAUUUGUGCAUGUUUGUGGAGGGUUUUUUCCCCUCUAGUUAUUGUGAUAAUCACUUUUUCAUUCUUUGAGCACUCUGUUGAGCAUUGAGUGUUGUGAAAUUCUGUCAUGGCAAAAAUACUCUUGAAUAGGCACAGGCAACAUUUCUAUUAAACAAAAUCUUGAAUUUA